AUGACGGCCGAAUCUUCCCAACAACAGCAGCUGGCCGACCCUUCCAUCGACAGGAUGGAUCACGAUCUUGACCAGGACGCCCAAGAGGCAACCACCUCGCUGCCAAACAUCAUCCCAGACUCGCAAUUGUCGCCAGACACCUAUCGAUUUCCCUCGGAGCGACUGCUGCGAAGGCAAAGGCAUGAGGGCAAGACACCUCUGGUUUUGGUAGCUUGCGGUUCCUUCAGCCCCAUAACCUAUCUCCACCUGCGCAUGUUCGAGAUGGCCUCCGACUACGCUCGCUUCAACACCAAGUAUGAAAUUGUCGGUGGCUUCCUGUCUCCAGUCUCCGACGCCUACAAGAAGCCCGGCCUGGCGCCCGCCAAACACCGAAUUCAAAUGUGCUCCUACGCCGCAGAGAAGACCUCCGAGUGGCUGACCUGCGACCCUUGGGAGGCCAUUCAAUCCCACUACUUCCCCACUGCCCAGGUCCUCGACCACUUCGACCACGAAAUCAACCAGGUCAUUGGCGGCUGCGAGGAUGUCCACGGCAACAAGCGGCCCGUGCGCAUUGCCCUACUCGCCGGAGCGGACCUGAUCCAGACCAUGAGCACCCCAGGUGUCUGGUCCCCCACGGAUUUGGAUCACAUCCUGAGAAAAUUCGGCGCCUUCAUCAUCGAGAGAACCGGCACCGACAUCGAUGAGGCCUUGGCCGGCCUGAAGGACUAUCAGGACAACAUCCAUGUCAUCCCCCAAGUGAUCACUAACGAUGUUUCUAGCACCAAGGUUCGGCUGAUGCGGAAAAGGGAUCUGUCUCUCCGAUAUGUUGUGCCGGACUCGGUCAUCGAAUACAUAGACCACCAUGGCCUCUACCGGGAGUAG